AUCUACAUACAGCCGGCUCCACAGUACCGGCAAGAAAUUAAGCUUUUUUCUUAACGUCAGGCGGUUUUCAAAAUAAUGCACUUAUGAUAACUAUUUCUUUUUUUUUUUUGAAUUUGCUAAUUUUCUUUUAAAUAUCUUGUCCGCGCUGAUGGGAAUUGUGCAAAUUAUACUCUUGCGAUUUUCCACUCGAUUCCGUUUUCCUUCUUUCCGCGUGUGACUUCUCAAAUUGUUGUUGUCAGAGUUUGUUUUAUAAAUUGCUUCAACCUGCAGGGUUGCUCAGAUAGUUCUCAUUAUAUAAUCUUUAUUACUUCAUAAAAAAUAUUAUGUAUAGGAGAAAGUUUGAGUGCGUAACGUAAAUAAUGAAAAAAAUAGUUUUUAUUAACAAUUAAUAUAAAAGUUUGACAGAUAGCAAUUGUUUAUUCCUGAUUCAUAAACACUGCGUUCCGAUUGUUAAAAAAAUUUAAUCCAUCUCCCAUCGUAUAUAUCAAUAUCAAAUAAUAGAAUAUUUAAAUAUGUAUAUGGAUCAUGAGGGAAUUAUCAUCAUAGUAAUUGAAUGCAAUGAUCUGAGUGGAUAAUAAUAAUUUUCUAUAUGUUGUGAUGAGACUAUUGGAACGGCUCUUUACUUUAAAAACGAAUCUAAAUAAAAAGUACGUACGGCAACAUUUUUAAUUUGCAUCAGCUGUUCUUUCAUAACCUGUUCAAUAGGCAAUCUGGUUGUGAAAAAUUAUUUAUAUUGGAAUAGUUUUUUGUGAUAAAAAUGUUAAGUUUAGGUAUAAGGUGGGAAACGUGUAGGAAACUACAGAUACUUUGUACGUCGCCUUGCCUUACAUCUCGAUUACAGUCAACAGUAGCAACAUCGACCAAAGCAAGCUAUGCACGCGAUAACACCGAGUAUACUGAUGAGCCAAUUUAUCCCGAAAUACAGGAUUUAUCAUUUAAAGCAUGCAAAGGGCGUGAAACUGAAAGUUGGCAUGAAGAAAUACGCAAAGUACCAACCGUGGAAGAGAAGCUAAUCAAAAUUAACAUGCCUCGUUAUUAUGGAUUCAAAGUUGUAAAUUUGAGUGACUCGAAAGUGCCUUACAACUGUUUGCCUGCCAUGCAGCACUACACUCGCACCAUUUACGAGGAUAUUAAGAUUAAAGAUCCUUUACAAGGAACCGCUCAAACCGAUGAUCAAAAAUUAGAUGUAUAUACUGAAUUAAUUAAAUCUGAUAUCAAAGAAGCAAUUGAAUUUGUACACGAUUAUUUUAGUAAUGCAUAUCCAGAUGCAGCGAAUAUGGAACCACAGGAAAAGGAAAACAUAUUCGGCCGACUUAUUGUUGAACAAGUAAACCGAACACUAAUUAAUGUAUUGUCAAGUGAUUUUCUUCAUCUCCAAGAAUCAGAAAUUGAUUACAGUCCAAGACACGAAGCUUUUUGGUCAGUGGGUGGAAUAAAUCCUCCAAAAAACGUUGUGAAGAGUAAAACUGGUCGUAAAUGGCAGAAGGAAAUGGCAAACGAUCCUUACAACCGCCUCAUGCAAUAUUCAGGAAAGCCUUUUCUUGCAAUACGCCAUCGAAACCAACUAACUCCAUGGAAAAACGAGUCGGAAUCAACAAAUAUCGAAUUAGCGAAAACUUUACCACGUUUUAACUAUGAUCCACGUACCCUAGGAUAUGUCUGUAGUCAUCAACACCUAACAAGUAUUCCAGGGUUCUGGCCUGGCAGCGCAAAUCUAUUUGGGAGCAUUUCUUAUCAGUCUCGAGCUUUUCUGCAAAUAAGACCAGAUACAUACGGAGUUGAAGAUUUCAAAGAGGCUUUACACUCUCAUGCAAUUCAAAGUAGUUAUUCUUGGUUAUUAGGACAAGCUGGUUACAACGGAUUUAAUACCUUUAAUGAUCUUACCUAUCCAAUGAAUACACAAACCGUUGUAACAAAUGGACGUGAUUGGUCAUUUUACGAAUACCAGUUAAACACGUUACUUGUACACUCACAUCAUGUAGAUGAUAAUCCGAAAGUUAAUUUUUGCCAAGGAACUGCUGAGAUGAGGCUAUUUGGUGAAAUAAAUAGUUCUGGUGAAGUUGUGGAUUUUAACGAGGAUGUCUUGCGAUAUCUUAUACGCUUUUAUAUAAAUGCACCGCAGAUCCAUAGAUCUGCAAGAGAACUACAUCCCUAUUUGGGAUCAGAUGUUAAGUAUAUAGCUGAUUAUGAAAAUGCGGAGAAGCGCGAAUUUUUAGAACGUGUUUUUAAAAAUUUAAUGUCCAAUCGACCUCGACAUUUAGCUAUCCCUGAAAUCUAUCUUUGGGAAAAGAUUUAUAAAAUUGAUAACAAAACGAGAGUCAUGGAGCCAAAACGUCGCUUCUUUGAGUUAGGCAUAAAUCCAUGGUUGCGAAAAUUGGAUCAACAUCAAAAGGAGUACAUACCAAGAGCAUUGCGACCAGAAGGCCCCAAGAGUAAAAAGAAGUGGAAGGAGAGUUUUUAUCCAUGAAUUGUAAAUUAAUUGUAUACGAAAUCAUUGUUAUAAACUUUCCGAACUCAACAAAGUUUGCUUUUAAGCCGUCUAUCGAUUA